UCUCAACCAUAUUGGCAGUGUCUCAAGCAAGGAUUUGAUCGACCACUCAAGAACUUACUAUGACUCCAUUUGUUAGGAAAUAUGAUAGUUCUUUUGUCUCUGAAAACAGACUUUAGAUCAAUUGUGAAAAAUCCUGUGCGAGAUAGAUUAUACUUUGUUUCGUACUUUAUGAAUAAUAUUUCUGUGAACGGGUAUACAGGAGUUGUAGAAGCAGACUACAAUCUGACUCUUGAAAGGAUGAUAUCGAUUUCAGGACUUCCUUCAUGGUUUGAUCAUACCAUCAGUGACGAUGGAGAGUACUUGUACUUAUUACUAAAAGACACCACGCAUGUAGUUGAAUUCUCAACUACAAGUUUUACAAUAAGUCGAUAUCUCCAAAUUUCAUCCGUUCAGGCUACUUAUGACGAUAUCAUUAAAAUACUUGGGUCAAGCAUUUUUAUGAGCGUCAAACUGACAGCAGGAAAUGUUUGGGCCAUUUGAAAAUGGAACAAAAUAGAUCCUAGCAUGGCUUGUUUCGAUUAUGGAAGCAACAUCAGAGUAAACUUCUCCCCAAUAGACUCUCAAAAUGUGUUUAUAAAUACUAUGAAGACUGGUGGCACGAAUCUUUAUUUCUUGGCAGCUAAUUACUCGGAUACGUCAUCUCUAAAUUGGGCAAAAGAAGUCCAAUGAUUCCCUCCGUGAUAUCUUUAUUUUUCCAGAGCCUUGAUCAGCAGAGAUGGAGAGUUUAUCUAUACAUCAGUCAUUUUCUCUCAAAUGAUUCUGCUGUAUAAAAUAAAUUCAGUUUCUGGAGAACCAGAGUCCUCAGGUCUUAAAACAUCUGCCAGUCCUGCUGAGGUGUAUAAUUUAGAAGAGCUAGAUUCCCAAAUAGUGAUGAUGGGCAAGGACUAUAGUAGGUCUCAUAUUUUUAUCAUGCUAACCAAGAAGCAUAACUUCCCUGGUAAGUUUUGGUGUCAACAAUCAAAGUUUCCAAAAUUUAUGGAAAUGGCAUUUGAAAAUGAAGUCUGAUGUUUAGAUGAAAUUGAUGAGUAUUAUCAAACUGGAGAAUACUUUUACACAUCGAAAGCAAUCACCUUAAAUGGGUUUGAGCUGCUUAUUCUUGCAGGGACUAUCUCAAGAGAUUAUUCAUUCCUCAGAGUUCUUCCUCAAGAUCUUGGAGUGGUUGAUUCCUUGGUACAAAGACCUACCAUUUUUACUCCUAUUUCGACCAUUUUUGAUCUCAGAGACCCUGCAGCUCCACUCCCAACUUUGAAUGUUACAACUCCAAGCAUCACCGACCAGAGUUCAGCUGGAGUUACUGUUGCCACUGAAAUUGUCACAGAGGUGACAGGUGAGUAUUAUAUCAACGUAAUGAAUGAUGACUUCAACAAGUCUUAUCUUUCAGAUGUCACCAUCACUCAGACUCUGACUUUGAGCUGAACCAACUCUGCUGAUCCUGUUUCGCUCGUCCACUCUGUCCAAGAACUCAAUGGUCACUCAAUUCCUGGCUGGGUCUCCUUCGAUGCUGCCACUGAAGUGCUCACUCUCAACAAGACACCGGUUGUGAAUGGGACUCAGCUGUUCCAGUUUGCAAUCCAAUCUCAAUAUGGCUCAGACACAUACUCCAAGCGAGUGUUCAUCACUGUGGAGUCGUGCAGUCUAGAUAACUGCAACGAGUGCCAGGCUGACUCUCCUCAGACUUGAAAAGAAUGCAAGUUUGGAUACAACCUCAAGCAAGGACAGUGUGUUAAAGCAGAUGCAGGAGCAGCAUCAACAGCAGCUCAAGCAGCUGCAGGAGUGGCCAUGGCUCUGGCAGCUGCUUCUUCUGUGGUGUCAAUGAGUUCACCAGUUGGAAUGUUCAGCAUGAUAAAUCAGUUACAGCUAUACAUUCUGUUGCCAAUGCUUCCACCAUAUUUCCCAGCCAAAGUAGGAGACUUUAUUCUGGGUAUGGACUUUGCUUUUGUAUCAUUGGACUUCAUCCCAACUGAUGAUAUUCCUCUGGUCAAGGAAAUCAAGAAGUUGGUGUCAUACCCUCAGUCUGAUGAGUACCUGAAUGAAAUCGGAAUCAGCUCAGGCAGCUCCAUUGUCAAUUAUCUUCCAAUGGUAGUGAUAAUAGUUCUGAUAGGCUUUCUUCAUUUAAUUACAACUCUCAUUUAUGUAUGCAUAAGAGAACACAAACCUGGAAAAUGUAAAAAAAUAAUUGAGAAGUUCUUUGUGUUCAUGACUUUCAACGCCUACAUCAGACUGAUCAUACAAGGAUUCUUGUUUCUGAUGCUCUCAAUCGUGUCUGAGUUCAAAGCUUUCAACAUAAGCAGGACCAUCACCAUUGUUUCUCUGGUCAUGUGAUUCAUGUUCACAUUUGGACUCAUUAUAUUCAGCAUUCUUACAAUAGCAUGGUAUUUGUCAGGAUGGUCCUCUGCUCCAGAGCUGUACAAUCAUUGGUCAAUCACUGAGUUGGGAUCAGGCCUCAAGAACACUAAAUGGGCCAAGAUGUACUCGCUAGUAUUUCUUGUAGCAAGGCUGUCGUAUGUUCUGGCACUAGUGCUUUUGUCGAAUCCUGAUCAGCCCAGAGAUAAAUCAUUUGGUGAUUCGUCACUGAACACUUAUUAUGUUGAGUGGAGUCUGUUUUUUAUGACUCAGUUUGCAUUCUGAAUGUACAUUAUUUGAGUUAGACCAUUUGAAGAUCAUGCAAACAACAUCGUUGAAUGACUCAACCAGAUAUGCUUUACAUGAGUGAUAGUUCCAUUUUUGAUAAUGUGUUCAGAGUCGAGUUGGACAGAAUCAAGAGAAGAUAUCUUUAUAUAUGCAUUUCUUUCAAAUUCCUUACUGAAUUCAUUAAUAAAUUUAGCUAACCUCAUCAUAAUCAUUUAUCUUAAGUGAAAAGAAAAAAAGCAAAGAAUUCACACAAAAGUCACAGUAAUCAAGACCAACCUUAACAUCGCACGGAAAGAAGAGUCUAAAAUAUCUAACAUCUCUGGAUGAAUAGUAAGAACACCCUAAUUUGUAGAGAAGCCAAGUCUCAUGAUCAAAAUUAAAUUCGUCUAAAGGAUCAA